AUGCACGCUUCUUUCAUGGAGAUGGGAGCGAUGCUCGCUGAUCGCCUAGCACAACAAAAUCCCAUGUUCGAAGAUGCUGAAACAGAGGAUGUUAGAUCAAUUGAGUCAAACCCGUUUGCAGUAAACAGAGAUCGUCGUCGCCCUUUUCAGCGGCAACGUGAUGAUGAUGAUAGAGUGCGACUGUAUGACCAACGUUGGGAUUCUGCUUUCAAAGUGGAAAUACAUGAAUUCCAUGGAGGUCCUCGAGGCGAAGCACUACUCGACUGGAUCGCGACAGUGGACAAACUUAUAAACUUCAAACAGGUGCCGAAAGAACGUCGUGUGCCCUUGGUGACAACGAGAUUUCGUGGUCAUGCUUCAUCGUGGUGGAAGCAGGUCAAAACAACCAGACAUCGCACCGGGAAACCACCUAUUGUUGCUUGGCCAAAGCUGCAAAAACACCUCAAGGCUACGUUCUUGCCUCACAAUUAUGAACGUACAACGUACAAUCGACUUCAGAACCUGUGUCAGGGUUCUCGAAGUGUGGACGACUAUGCAGAAGAGUUCUCACUCUUAUUGACCAGGACUGAAAUAUAUGAUAGCGCGGAACAGCUAGUGUCUCGCUUCAUUGGAGGUCUCCGGCCUCAACUUCAGACUGCGUUAUCACAGUUCGAUCCACUAACAAUCACAGAAGCCCAUAGGUGUGCGGUUACCUUUGAACAUAAACAACAACGAUCGUCAACUUGGACUGGACAGUCAACGCGUUCUCGUCCAGCAGAGCCAACGACAUCACCAACGGGGGCAAAAGAAACCAAUGGUCAACAACAAGCGCCUCGUCAAACUGAUGAGCAAAACGUACGGCGCUCUACACGGCCUCCAGCACUAAAGUGCUAUGAAUGUGGAGAAGUAGGUCAUUGCCAGUCUGCAUGUCCUAACAAAAACCGGUGUGGGUUGGUCCUGGAUACGACACAUGAGGAUACUGAGCCAAUAUAUGAUUCAUACGGCGAGGAGGGUGACAAGGUUGAUGACAAUGUCGUUCAGACGGUGGGAGACACAGGGCACCUUCUUGUGCUUCAACGCUCAUGUACGGUUCCGCGCCGCCAAGAUACACAGUGGUUACGCACCAUCAGAGGCCGCGUGUGCACCUUUAUCAUUGACUCAGGGAGCUCUAAGAAUAUUAUCGCAGACGACGCUAUCAACAAACUGGGACUUGUCCGCGAGCAACACCCUGCGCCUUACACACUAGGCUGGAUCAGCGAAAACAGCAGCAUGCGUGUUACGCAGUGGGUACUGGUCCCUUUCUCCAUUGGCCCGCAUUAUAAUGACCGUACUUACUGUGAUGUCACACCAAUGGACAUCAACCACGUCAUUUUGGGUCGUCCUUGGGAGUUUGAUCGCAAGAUCAAUCACAAUGGAGCACGGAACACCUACAGCUUUAUCUGGGAGACGCAUCAAAUUGUUCUCGUCCCGACUCCUCCUGCUGAACAGACUCUGCCUCCCAUCGCUUCGACCACUCCACCAACGACCUUGUUGUGUUCUUAUUCUUCGUUUCUAUCAGAGAUGCGUACGAAGGGAUUGGCGUUUGCCCUUUUACCGACAACAACACAUCACAACCUGCAAACGACGCCCGCCCCAUAUUUGGUCACAGUACUCGACGAGUUUCGCGAUGUCUUUCCAGCAGAACUUCCCGAUGGUCUGCCUCCUCUUCGAGACAUACAACACCAUAUUGAUCUUGUGCCUGGAGCUACGUUACCAAAUAGGCCUCACUACAGAAUGAGCCCUUCAGAACAUGAGGAACUGAGGCAUCAGGUCGAAGGUCUACUGCAGAAAGGCUAUAUCAAAGAGAGCUUAAGUCCUUGCGCAAUACCAGUUCUCUUGAUCCAAAAAAAGAUGGAUCGUGGCGAAUCUGCUACGAUUUUCUCCAAAAUCGAUCUCAAAAGCAGUUAUCAUCAGAUACGUAUACGGUCGGGUGAUGAAUGGAAGACAACUUUCAAAACCAGAGAGGGUCUCUUUGAGUGGUUGGUCAUGCCUUUUGGCUUAUUGAACGCACCAAGCACCUUUAUGCUUAUCAUGAAUCAAGCAUUGCGACCUUUUAUUGUUCAAUUCGUCGUUGUCUAUUUUGAUGACAUCUUGAUCUUCAGCUCCUCGCUAACAGCGCACGCAGAGCACAUUCGUCAAGUUCUCUCAGUCAUACGAUCAGAAAAGCUAUUCGCGGCCAAGCUGAAGUACGAAUUUGACGUGUCUCAGGUUCUCUUCCUCGGGUACGUCAUCUAUGACAAGGGCCUAUCUAUGGAUCUUUCUAAAAUUGAGGCUGUGAAGUCUUGGCCUGUGCCUAAGACGGUGUCCUAA